CUAGCCCUGCUCACAUGAAAGGUGUCUGCAAAGCUGGCUGCUGCAGGUUUAUUUGGCUGCAAUAUUGUUCCCCUCCCAGGCCGACUCUUUACCCAGUGGAAUGAUAUCCAGAGCAAGGGCUUUGAGACAGGAAGUGAGGCGUGUUUUCACUAUGAGUGAUCUGAGAAGAAGGCGGGGGGAGCGGAGAUAGCAGCUGUUUCAUGCAAGGGGAGCACAAUAAGUCAAUGUCCCAGGAAUUUAGAUGAGGUGGUUUCGGGGGAAGAACUCUCCGCGCUGCUGGUGAGCUUCCACAGCUAAAGAUGUGGGAAGGGAUACACUGUAUCUUUGGAUCGCUGCAGCCGAGCUGCUGUGGAAACUCCCUCCAGUUAGAGCUUGGUGGAGGACCUGUUCUUCUUUAAUGGCUGCUGCUGCUGUCGCUGGUUGAUUGGCAGGAUACUUCAGGGCUCCUUAUUGCUUCGGAGAAGACUGCUACUUCCCUUCAUUUUCUGGUGUGGUGAUAGCUUUUCACCACUGGCCGUGGGGAAAGAUGCCGUUACCUUUUGGGCUCAAAUUGAAACGAACUCGUCGUUACACAGUGUCCAGCAAGAGCUGCUUGGUGGCCCGCAUCCAGCUGCUCAACAAUGAAUUUGUGGAGUUCACUCUUUCCGUGGAGAGCACCGGCCAGGAAAGCCUGGAGGCUGUGGCUCAGAGACUCGAACUGCGGGAGAUUACUUAUUUCAGUCUGUGGUAUUACAAUAAGCAAAACCAGCGCCGGUGGGUGGAUUUGGACAAGCCUCUAAAAAAGCAACUGGACAAAUAUGCUUUGGAGCCGACGGUAUAUUUUGGAGUGGUGUUCUAUGUGCCUACUGUUUCUCAGCUUCAGCAGGAGAUUACCAGAUACCAGUAUUAUUUGCAAUUGAAGAAAGAUAUCUUGGAGGGAAACAUUCCUUGCACAUUAGAGCAAGCAAUUCAUCUGGCUGGCUUAGCUGUUCAAGCUGACUUUGGAGACUACGAUCAGUAUGAAUCUCAGGAAUUUCUACAAAGAUUUGCCUUGUUUCCUGUGGGUUGGUUACAAGAGGAAAAAGUACUGGAGGAAGCAACUCAGAAAGUGGCCUUGCUGCAUCAAAAAUACAGAGGCCUUAUACCUCCUGAUGCAGAAAUGUUAUAUAUGCAAGAGGUAGAGAGAAUGGAAGGCUAUGGUGAAGAGAGCUAUCCUGCAAAGGACAGCCAGGGAAGUGAUCUAUUUAUUGGGGCAUGUCUUGAUGGUAUCUUUGUGAAACACAAAAAUGGCCGGCCUCCUGUUAUAUUUCGGUGGCAUGACAUUGCCAAUAUGUCCCACAACAAGUCCUUUUUUGCAUUAGAAUUGGCAAAUAAAGAAGAGACAAUCCAGUUCCAAACUGAGGACAUGGAAACGGCAAAAUAUGUGUGGAGGAUGUGUGUGGCCAGACACAAAUUUUACAGACUAAAUAAAUGUAGCCUACAAACCCAGGCUGUUACAGUGAAUCCAGUUAGAAGGAGGUCCUCUUCCAGGAUGUCUCUGCCCAAGCCACAGCCUUACAUGAUGCAACCACCACCUCCUCUACAUUACAAUGGACACUACACAGAACCAUAUACAUCAUCCCAAGAUAACCUUUUUGUGAGCAAGCAGAAUGGAUACUACUACCACUCUCAGACUAGCUUGGAUAGAACUCCACAUGACUACAAUGGCAGAAUCCGCAAUGGAAGUGUCUAUAGUGCACACAGCACAAACUCUUUGAAUAACCCACAGCACUACUUGCAGCCAUCUCCCAUGUCCUCUAACCCAAGCAUUACUGGAAGCGAUGUCCUGAGACCUGAUUAUGUUCCGUCGCAUCGACAUAGUGCGCUAAUACCACCUUCUUAUCGGCCUACACCAGAUUAUGAAACUGUGAUGAGACAGCUUAACAGAGGAAUGAUGCACACAGACAGGCAGAGUCAUUCUAUGAGAAACCUUAACAUCAGCAAUUCAUAUGCCUACAGUAGGCCUGAUGCUCUGGUCUACAGCCAACCUGAAAUCCGAGAACAUGCUCACUUCACCUCCCCCCAAUCUAAUCACUAUCCUUUCAACCUGAGUUACAGUUUUCAUAGCCAGUCUCCCUACCCAUAUCCUGCUGAACGGCGUCCAGUUGUUGGAGCAGUCAGUGUCCCUGAGCUAACAAAUGUGCAGCUUCAGGCUCAGGAGUAUCCAGCACCAAAUAUCAUGAAGACCCAGGUCUAUCGACCUCCUCCCCCUUACCCAUACCCAAGACCUGCAAACAGUACUCCAGACCUUUCCCGACAUCUUUACAUUAGCAGCAGCAACCCAGAUCUCAUCACGCGGCGAGUCCACCAUUCUGUUCAGACGUUUCAGGAAGACAGCCUGCCUGUUGCACAUUCCCUUCAGGAAGUGAGUGAGCCCUUAACAUCCGCACGGCAUGCUCAGCUACAGAAAAGGAACAGUAUUGAAAUAGCUGGACUUGCCCACAACUUUGAAUGCAUAAGAAUUAAAGAGAGGACCAUGUCAGCCUCUGCUGCAGAUGUGGCCCUUCCAAGGGUCAUGUCGGCAGGGUCACAGCCCAGCAUUUUCAUGGAGAGAACAAAGCAAGAAGAAAAUAAGGAGCAAGAAGAAAGUUUGAACUGUGAUCAUAAGAAGUCUCUUUCGGAUGCCACUAUGCUGAUUCACAGCAGUGAGGAGGAAGAAGAAUUUGAAGAAGAAAACAAAGCUAUUACAACUCUGACUCCUCUCACUGAUGAUCAAACCCAGCUUUCUGCUAUUAUGGGUGGUUAUCCUAAUGAAUCCUUACUAAGUUACCCUUACAGUUCUGUUGCUUCACCUCCUGGCCCUUUGCAUAUCCUUGAGCCUAAGUUACAUAUUUCGGAGACGGAAAAGAGGAUAAAAGAUGUGAGCCCAGUACAGUUAAUGGCUGAAACCCAGGUGCAGAGAAGAGGUGAAGGAUUGCUGACUCCGUCCAUGUCAGAAUCUGACCUUACGACUUCGGGAAGGUACAGAGUGAGAAAGGAUUCUCUAAAGAAGAGACCUGUCUCUGACCUUCUGUCAGGGAAGAAUAAUAUAGUGGAAGGUCUUCCCCCUUUAGGUGGUAUGAAAAAGAAUAGAACUGAUGCAAAAAAAAUAGGGCCUCUGAAGCUAGCUGCCCUAAAUGGACUAACCUUGUCUCGAAUGCCUUUGCCAGAUGAGGGUAAAGAAGAGCCUACCAGAGCAACAAAUGAUGAACGGUGUAAAAUUCUCGAACAACGGCUGGAACAAGGAAUGGUGUUUACCGAGUAUGAGCGGAUUCAAAAGAAAAGGCUCAUAGAUGGAGAGUGCUCAAUAGCCCGGCUCCCUGAAAAUGCAGAAAGAAACAGGUUCCAGGAUGUCCUUCCCUAUGAUGAUGCCAGAGUGGAGCUGGUCCCAACCAAAGAAAACAACACUGGCUAUAUCAAUGCAUCCCAUAUUAAGGUCUCUGUCAGUGGCAUUGAGUGGGACUAUAUUGCUACACAGGGCCCUUUGCAGAAUACCUGUCAGGAUUUCUGGCAGAUGGUGUGGGAACAAGGGAUUGCCAUUAUAGCAAUGGUGACUGCAGAAGAGGAGGGUGGGCGAGAAAAGAGCUUCAGGUACUGGCCCCGACUUGGCUCAAGGCACAACACUGUCACCUAUGGAAGAUUUAAGAUUACUACACGAUUCCGGACAGACUCUGGCUGCUAUGCAACUACAGGCUUGAAGAUCAAACACCUUCUCACAGGGCAGGAGAGAACAGUUUGGCAUCUGCAGUACACUGACUGGCCAGAGCACGGGUGCCCAGAUGAUCCCAAGGGAUUUCUGUCGUACUUGGAGGAGAUACAAUCAGUGCGGCGCCAUACAAACAGCACAGCAGAUCCUAAAAGCUCUAACCCUCCUGUAUUGGUGCACUGCAGUGCCGGUGUAGGAAGAACGGGAGUGGUCAUAUUGUCAGAGAUCAUGAUUGCCUGUUUGGAACACAAUGAGAUGCUGGAUAUCCCAAGAGUGCUGGACAUGCUGAGGCAGCAGAGGAUGAUGAUGGUGCAGACUCUCUGUCAAUACACUUUCGUCUAUGGAGUUCUCAUUCAGUUCCUUAAAAGUUCUAGGCUUAUAUGACGCCCCACCACUUUCUAUGGGAUUCAUUCACCUCAAGAGUUUAUAAAAGGAGAAUUGCAGUUGUCCAGGCAGACUUGACUUUCUGGUGUUUUCCUCAAUAGAUGUCUCAUGCAGAGUUACCUUUUUGGCAUGGUGUGGAGAUAUUUAAAUGCAAGUGCAAGGUAUCAACCUUUGCAAAGCAAGA